CUCUUUUCUUUUCUUAAUUAUUUUCUUUUCUUUAAACAUAUCAUGGACGAUAAAAAAGACGGUAGAAGAGGAAACCUUCGACCUCCAAAGGUCAAAAACAAAAGUGCAGCACCUAUUCAAAUUACCGCUGAACAAAUUCUUCGUGAAGCUCAUGACAGACGACUUGAACCUGUACAUUCGAUUCCUCAGCAAAAGAUUGCCGAUCUUGAAGAACUUUCAGAAUUCCGUCAACGUAAACGCAAAGAAUUUGAAGAUAACAUUCGCAAAAACCGACUGAAUAUUAGCAACUGGCUCAAAUAUGCAGCAUGGGAAGAAUCACAAAUGGAAUUGGAACGAGCUCGAUCGGUGUAUGAACGUGCUUUGGAUGUGGAAUGGCGUAAUGUGGCCAUCUGGCUUCGUUAUGCUGAAAUGGAAAUGAAGAAUCGUAAUGUCAAUCAUGCUCGUAACAUUUUGGAUCGUGCUGUCACACUUUUACCACGUGUUGAUCAAUUCUGGUACAAGUAUACUUACAUGGAAGAAACUCUUGGUGAUGUACCAAAAGCUCGCAAUGUGUUUGAACGUUGGAUUAAAUGGGAACCUGAUGAAUCAGCAUGGUUGGCUUAUGUCAAGAUGGAAUUACGUUAUGGUGAAAAUGACCGUGCUAGGAAUAUCUAUGAACGUUUCGUCAGUGUUCAUCCUGAACCUAAGAAUUGGAUCAAGUGGGCCAAGUUUGAAGAAGAACAUAAUGAUUUAGACAAAUGUCGUGAAAUUUAUACUGAAGCUAUUCAAUAUUUGGGUGAUGAAAAACUGGAUCAAAAAGUAUUAGUGGCCUUUGCAAAGUUUGAAAUCAAGAUGAAAGAGUAUGAACGUGCUCGAGUGUUAUUCAAAUAUGGUUUGGAUCGAUUACCAAAAUCGAAAUCAGAAUCACUUUAUAAUCAAUACACCAAUUUUGAAAAACAAUAUGGGGACACAGAAGGAAUAGAAAAUGUUGUGGUUGGAAAACGUCGAGUACAAUACGAACAAGAAAUCGAAUCAAAUCCCAACAAUUAUGACGUAUGGUUUGACUACAUUAAAUUGGAAGAAUCUGCUGGUGAAGUACAUCGUAUUCGUGAAGUUUACGAAAGAGCCAUUGCUCAAGUGCCUCCUGCUGAAGAAAAACGAUAUUGGCGACGAUAUAUUUAUUUAUGGAUCAACUAUGCAUUAUUUGAAGAAUUGGAAACAGAGGAUAUUGAAAAGACACGGGAAAUAUAUAAUGAAUGUAUCAAGCUCAUACCUCACAAAUCAUUUACUUUUGCCAAAAUCUGGUUACUAUUUGCCAAAUUUGAAAUCCGACAGUUAAAUGUACAAGCUGCAAGAAAACUACUUGGUCGUGCCAUUGGUCAAUGUCCUAAAAAUAAAUUAUUUGAAGGUUAUAUCGAUUUGGAAAUGCAGCUUCGUGAAUUUGACCGAUGUCGUACAUUAUAUACAAAAUAUUUGGAAUUCAAUCCAGCCAAUUGUGCAGGAUGGAUCAAGUUUGCUGAAUUAGAAAAGAUGCUUGGAGAACAGGAUCGAUGUCGUGCUAUUUUUGAAUUGGCCAUUGGACAACCUGUAUUGGAUAUGCCUGAAUUGUUAUGGAAAGCCUAUAUUGACUUUGAAAUCAGUGAAGAAGAAUAUGACAAGACACGUGACUUAUAUCAUCGAUUAUUGGAACGUACAGAACAUGUCAAGGUAUACAUCAGUUUUGCACAAUUCGAAUUAUCUAUACCUCAGGAUGAUAAUCAACAAGCUGUGGAAAAAUCUCGCAAGAUCUUUGAAAAGGCUUCAGAUCGAAUGAAACAAAAAGGACUUAAAGAAGAGCGUGUUUUACUUCUUGAUGCUUGGAAGGACUUUGAAGAAAACUAUGGUACAGAAGAAACUCAAAAGGUGGUCAAGGAUAAGGAACCUAAAGUGGUCAAGAAACGAAGAAAGGCUGAAGAUUCUACUGAAGACAAUGUUAUUUGGGAAGAAUACUUUGAUUAUAUAUUCCCUGAUGAUCAAGAACAAUCUAGAAAUCUCAAAUUAUUACAAAUGGCUCAAGCAUGGCAAGCAAAACAAUCAGGAUAAUGAUCAACCAUUUUUUUUUUGAAAUUCAAUAAAGUCUUUUACUUUUUUUUAUUAUUUU